AUGGCCACUGUGAAGGGUGUAAGAAAGAAUUGCCGAAAAAAUGGGACGAGAACAGGAGAAAACGAAGCCAAAAAAGACAAAGAAAAGCCAGAACGAUCGUUGCGAGCUAGACUUCGAAAAGCAAGACAAGAGAGACUGGAAGCGAUAGAAGAAAUUCUAAUAGUUUCGGAAUCUGAUAACGAGGAUAAUUUUUCUUUUCAUUCUGAGCACUCGGAUUUGGAGGCUGAACCUAUGGCAGCUCCCGUAGAAAGAUUGUUAGGUGAUUAUGGUGGAGCAAAUGCACCAGCUGGCCGGAUGACUAUUGUCAAUCAACCGGUCGAUGUUGCCCACUUUCAGUUGCACCCGGCAACAAUACGACAACUUGAGAAGAAACCUUUCUCUGGAAGAAUUAAUGAAGAUGCCAACAAGCACUUACAAAGGUUUCUCACCAUGACUACAUCGUUAAAAAUAGAGGGGCAUUCUGAAGAGGCAAAGAAACUAAAUUUUGUGAAUGGUCUUAAACUGAAGACAAAGCAACUUAUUGACACAGCUGCCGGUGGCUCAACAAAUUUCAAAACAGCCACGGAGAUCAAGAAGAUUAUUGAUGCUAUCGCGGUAAAUGAACACUUGGAGUUAUAUGACCGCAGUGUUAAUCAGCCUGAAGGGUUAGUCGAUUUAAAAUUGUCAAACCAAGUUGUUAAGAUGGAAGACCAAAUUGCGGCUGAAGUUGAACGAAGACUGAAACAAAUGGCCCUCGAAAAGCAAACUGUAGCACAGGUUCAACCAGUUCAGCCAACUCAAGCGGUAAAUUGUGAUAUUUGUGGAGGACCUCAUUUUGCCAUGCAUUGUGUGGCAACAGCUCAACAGGUGGAAGAAAUCAAUUUUCUGAAGCAGAACAAUCCCUACUCCAACACUUACAAUCCGGGAUGGAAAAAUCAUCCGAAUUUCUCCUGGAAAGAUCAACAAGGGAAUGUUCCUAAACAAGGAGUUGUGCCAUAUCAAAGUCUACCACAACAACAACAAUAUCGCCCACCGCAACAACCAUAUCAACAGCCAUACCAGCAGCAACAACAACAAUUUCAGCCACAGGGACCAAGAAAAGCAGACUGGGAGAUCGCCGUUGAAAAGAUGAUGAGUCAAAUUGCACAACAAAUGGCAAAUCCUCAACAAUCGGGUGCUCUACCUAGUGCCACGAUUACAAAUCCUAAAGACCAUACCAAUGUGAGUGCUAUAAGCACUAGGAGUGGUAAAGCCAAAGAAGUUGUGGAGGAAAAUGCUGAAGAAGAAGAGCCGUUGCUUGAAGUUGAUGUGGAAAUAAAGGAAAAUGAGGUAGAAGCUGAGGAUAUGGUUAUAGCAGAACCGAAACUUGAACUGAAUAUUCCAUUCCUAGAGGCAUUGGAGCAAAUUCCUACCUAUGCCAAGUUCAUGAAGGAUAUUAUAUCCAAGAAAAGGACCAUCGAUCAUGAUCCGAUUAUUCUAACCGAAACUUGUAGUGCUAUUUUGCAGGGUAUGAAAAUUCCGGUGAAAAAGAAGGAUCGAGGUUCUGUGACUAUUCCUUGUACCAUUGGGGAUAGAUCUUUGAAGAAAGCCCUUAUUGAUUUGGGGGCAAGUGUAGUCUUAUGCCGCUGUCCAUUUACAAGAGAUUGGGGAUAG